AUGGAUAGCAUUCUAAUAUAGGCAAACCCAACUACAAGUUUGAAUGAAAACGUCUCCGUCUUUAAUGAAAACGUUGAUCUUUUCAACCUCUCACAGAUCUUUAGCUUUUCAACCCUUCUUCAUAAUCACACACACACUUCACCACAGACACGAUAUCUCCAUUUCUCUCUCUCUCUAUCUGAAGCAUCAUCCAUGGAAGCUCCUCCACCUUCAAGCGACCCAUACAAGUUCCUCAACAUAACACUCAACUCAGACGGGUCUCUCACCAGACACCGCGACUUCCCCAAACUACCCCCAACCGAGCACUCAAAAGACAUACCCUUAAACCCAAACAACAAAACCUUCAUCCGUCUCUUCAAGCCACGGAACAUCCCCCCGGAGUCAAAACUCCCGAUCCUCGUCUACUUCCACGGCGGCGGUUUCAUCCUCUACAGCGCCGCCUCCGCUCCUUUCCACGAAUCUUGCAGCAAAAUGGCCGACCGCCUCCAAACCGUGAUCCUCUCCGUCGAGUACCGUCUAGCUCCCGAGCACCGUCUCCCGGCGGCGUACGACGACGGCGUCGAAGCGAUCCUAUGGCUCCGAGACCAAGCCCGCGGCGGAGGAGACUGCGACGCAUGGCUGAAAGACAGCGUAGACUUCUCCAAAUGCUUCGUGAUGGGGUCGAGCUCCGGCGGGAACAUCGUCUACGGCGUCGCGCUGCGUGUCGCGGAGACUGAUCUCUCUCCCGUCAAGAUCCAAGGGCUGAUAAUGAACCAGGCUUUCUUCGGCGGCGUCGACACGUCGGACUCGGAGUCGCGUCUGAAAGACGACAGGAUCUGUCCGUUGACAGCUACUCAUUUGCUUUGGUCGCUUUGUUUACCUGAGGGUGUAGAUCGUGACCACGUGUACAGUAACCCGAUUAAGAGCAGUGGUCCGGUGGAGAGAGCGAAGAUGGGACGUUUUCCGUCGACUCUCGUCAACGGUUACGGCGGGGAUCCGUUGGUUGAUCGGCAGAGAGACGUGGCGGAGAUGUUGAGGUCACGUGGAGUGCACGUGGAGACGAGGUUUGAUGAAGAUGGGUUUCAUGCGUGCGAGUUGUUUGAUGAGAACAAAGCCAGGGCUCUGUAUGACACCGUUGAGGCGUUUAUGAAGAGUUGUUCCACGACUGCACCGUCGUCCAACAUGUAGUAGUCUUCUCCAGUGAAGUCCUUAUGAGUUAUAUCUACCAUAAAAUGAAUUAUGCAUGCAAUAUGUUGUAAGCGAGUUGCAUUGCAUGUCGCUCUGUGUCUAUCAAAAUAUAUAUGUAUGAUCUGGUACGUAAUAAUGGUUCUAAAUCUAUCUAAUAUUGUACGGUGUUCAAAAUGAUACAAAUGUUCAAGUGCCAUUUAGUGCUAAAUUAUCGAUGCUUGACCACUAUGGUUUGAGUUUCUA